CCCGUUCCGAGUCCCUUCGUCCGUCCUCGCUCAGCGCUGGACUUCACCUUGCUGUACGCCAUCCCCAUCCGAGCACCUGCUGCCUAGUGCUCUGAGCAUAAGCAGAGCGCGCAUUCGAGCCUCCACUCUCUGCAGUAAGCGCAGCGGGGUACACCUGUAUACAAAGACACACAUCUAUACCGAGUGUCUCCAUUGAGGAUAAUUGAGAAGACGGAUCGGACACCAUCUCGACCACCAUGGCAUCAGUACAAACACAAGCCAACGGCAAUGGCGCCGCCGUACGGCCAGCACAGGCUGAGAAGGAGGGCGCAUACGAGAACAUAUUCCUAUUCAUCCCAAACUUGAUCGGCUACUCGCGCGUCUUCCUCGCCUUGAUCUCGCUCUAUUACAUGCCCCUCCACCCACGCACAUGCACCCUCCUCUACAGCAUAUCCUGUCUGCUCGAUGCGCUCGACGGAUACGCCGCGCGAGCAUACGAACAGAGCACCAAGUUUGGAGCUGUGCUCGACAUGGUCACGGAUAGGUGUACGACAACGUGUCUGCUGGUUUUCUUGGCGCAAGCUUUCCCGCGCUUCAGCAUCGUAUUCCAGGGUCUCAUCUCCCUGGACUUGGCCAGCCACUACAUGCACAUGUACGCGACGCUGAGCAUGGGCGGCAGUGGACAGAGCCACAAGAACGUGAACGAGAGCAGGAGUUGGUUGCUGAAGCAGUACUACUCCAACAACAAAGUCCUCUUCACCCUCUGCGCCAUGAACGAGAUCUUCUUCAUCGCCCUCUACCUCCUCUCCUUCAGCUCGCCCCUCCUCUCCCCAACCCUCUUCUCCGACCUCAACAACCCAUCGUCCAUCCAACCCGGCUCGCCCGCCGCCCCCAAACCGUCCAUGUUCUUCGCCAGUCCCUUCUCCGCCGCAGCCAUGGAGAUGGCUCGUGCCAACAAGAUGGACUCGACUGUCCCCUGGAUCUGCAUGCUUACUUCAGCUCCCUUCAUGGCUGUCAAGCAAUGGAUAAACGUUGUUCAGAUGGUCAAGGCGAGCCAGUGGCUCGCUGAGGGUGACCGCGAGGCGAGGAGAAAGGCGGGUCUGCCCAGGAAGGGGGGCGCGAAGAAGAGUCAAUAGAUGACUCUUCUGUUGGGAAAGGGACAUACAUAAGCGUGUCUAAUGUCCAGAGCUGGCAAAAGGACAGACAAACUCGCGGGUAAUGAGGAACAGUACCGCUCACCUGGUGGUAAUUUUGGCGGCCAUGCAUGUGUACGGACAUGAGGUUUUCCCCGUAUGCGGUUUUUCUCUCUUCAUCUUUCUUUUCUGUUUUCACCUACUCAUCUUGUAGUGAUUUGCGACUUCACUUGUCUGCUUCCAUGUUUCUUCAUUCGUUUUUUAGCUUCUA